UCCAGCUCAAUGGCUUCGCGGUACGACCGAGCCAUCACGGUCUUCUCGCCCGAUGGACACCUCUUCCAAGUGGAAUAUGCCCAGGAGGCGGUGAAGAAGGGGUCCACGGCGGUUGGAAUUCCAGUUACCAAUAUAGUUGUGCUUGGAGUUGAAAAAAAAUCUGUUGCCAAACUUCAGGAUGAAAGAACUGUGAGAAAAGUAUGUGCCCUUGAUGACCAUGUCUGCAUGGCUUUUGCAGGACUAACAGCUGAUGCUAGAGUAGUAAUAAACAGAGCCCGUGUGGAGUGCCAGAGUCAUAAACUUACAGUGGAAGACCCAGUCACUGUAGAGUACAUAAUUCGCUUCAUAGCAACUCUAAAGCAGAGAUAUACUCAGAGCAAUGGAAGAAGACCUUUUGGUUUUUCUGCCUUAAUUGUAGGUUUUGAUGAUGAUGGUAUCCCAAGAUUGUAUCAGACAGAUCCUUCUGGUACUUACCAUGCUUGGAAGGCAAAUGCAAUAGGCCGAAGUGCGAAAAUUGUGAGAGAAUUUCUUGAAAAGAAUUACACAGAAGACGCCAUGGCAAACGACAAUGAAGCUAUCAAAUUAGCAAUAAGAGCUUUGCUAGAAGUUGUCCAGUCUGGUGGAAAAAACAUUGAACUUGCUCUAAUAAGAAGAAAUCAACCUUUGAAGAUGUUUAGUGCUAAAGAAAUUGAAUUACAAGUAACUGAAAUAGAAAGGGGAAAAGAAGAUGCAGAGAAGAAGAAAUCAAAGAAGAUGGUUUAAUUCUUAGGAUGGCUACUGAGGGUUUUCAAUGUUUUGUUGUAUUAUUUAGAAUUAUUCAGUGAUGGUUUAGAGGAAAUAAGUUACUUUAUAGCAUUAAAAUUGACACUUCUGUGCUAUUUUGAGACUACUAUAUGGCUGUCUUUAAUUUGUUAUAUGGACAAUCAGAUUAGUAUGAAGAU